UGCGCCUUUGCGUUCGACCUCAUCGGCAUCCACAGCUGUACGUACAGGGAUCGCAGGCUUUGCAGCCUCUCUGAGACUCUUAUCUCCUGGCGUUCUGUUUACAAGUGUAGUUGCUGGAAACGUCUUUUUCAACGGUUGUCCCUAGCCCUCACUCUCCGUCUCACUGAGCGUGUAGCGGAAGUCCUCUUUCAUCCAAGCAAGCGUCCGACGGACGAGUCGAUUGUGGCAUCAACACAGCUACACAGCUACACAGUCCAGGGGACGGUCGGUUCACCGGUGCUAGCUGAAUGCAGCGCUGGCUCAGGACUCAGGUGUUACGCAUGGUGCGAAGCUGCUUGCUAGGAAAUAAUAAUUGUCACAUCCGCCGAAGUACAGAACAGAACAGAGAAGGUCUGUAGGUCCAGCUGAACGCGUACCGCGGUAUUUGUACACCAGUGUACGUAACGUUGUAAAUAUAACGUGUGUUGUCAGUGGCAGAAUUUUUUCUCCUUGGUCCUUGGAGUUGACUAGUACAGUAUAGUAGUGGAGUAGUGCUGGCUAGUGGUGGUGUUGGAGGUUCGGCACGGCUGCUGGUCGUGAUGGCUACGUUCGAGAAGUAUCGCCAGCGCCAAAAGGGCCAGGACAGUACGCUCCUGCUCCAAUCAGCCCUGGUGGAAAGUAAAAACAAUGUCUUGGAGCCAAAGGUUGGCAAUGGAUCUGAGAUUGGACCAUAUUUCGAGGACCUUGCUAGCAAGAUUCAGGAGGAGGAGCUGCAGACGAAACGGCGAAAGCAAGAAAGAUCGGAGAGCGUACAGGCGGCUGCACCGCUACUCAACCUACGCCGUGCGUACGCCCGUGCCAAUGCCAAGGCGGAGAAGUCUGAGGGCACCACCGCUGGUGUAGAUGCAGAGGAUGAGGAGGAGGACGACGGUGAGGAAGAUGUACCAGACAGCGACCUGUCCAGGAAUCCCAGAGACGAACCGUCUGUUUCCGGCCAUGCCCUGGAAGUGGUGUACCGCGAGGCACUUCGCGUCAUCGUGAACCGUGUAGGUGCGUCUGAUACUUCUAACGCCGUGGCCUCGUCCGACAUGUACGCACACUUGCAAGAUGUGUACAGAGUGGGCUCUGACAAACACCAGGAACUGUUUGGCAAAGAGCAAGCAGCGGAGAAACCUGACUUUCAUGUUCGUGUCAAUGUAGUCGCUGGUCAAGACCUCGAUAGCAUGGAUGAGAAUGAAUAAUGUGUUCCGGUGGAGAGGGAGACUGCCGCGUGUUCCAACGGAUAUUCUUGAACUGUUCCGAGUACAGGCCAGUGAUCUCGUUACCAGCAUGGAGUCGUUUGUGAACACGACAUUGCAAUUGCUUGGCAAGCAGCGCGACAUCUUUCCGCCAAACUCCACCACCAGUGGCAUGCCCGCAGUGCGCCGACUCUCCAAUCUCCUUG